CAGGAGCAGAGGAAACGAGUCAGCCAGGUCUAAAUGACGAUAAAACCACCACCGGUGCCUUUUCUUCUUUGACUCUACGAUCUGUUAAAGAUGUCCAGGUUUCAGGAGCUUAAAGCUUCGUUCAAACGGCGGCUGCUGACUUCGGUUCGUAAAGAUCUGUUCGGACAUUUGGAGAGAAAAAUAUCCGAAUAUAAGAAGGAGAUCGACCGCAACAGAAAACUGAUGGAUCUGGUUCCAAACUGUGACUCAAGGCGGCGAGGAUCAGUGUGUCCUGCAGACGUCCAGCAGGUGUUGGAGACUAAAGAAGUUUCCCCUGAGCAGCAGGAGUGGAGCUCCAGACUGAUCCAGCAGGACCCAGAGCCCCCCCACAUUAAAGAAGAACAGGAGGAAUUUGCUCUUUUUCAGAGACCAGUAGAGGGCUGUGGAGGAUCAGAAAUAGACAGGAAGCUGGAUCCAGACUGGCAUCCACACCCACAGAGUAAAGACAGUGAAAGCGACUCAGAGUAUCCUACCAAAAAAUCAUCAGGCUACUCUGUGACUAGUAAAACUUUUACAGUGCAGGGAAAUUUAAAUGAAGACAUGAGCGCUCCUACAAGAGAAAAACUUAUUAGUUGCACUUUGUGUGGUAAAUGUUUUACUACAAAAUCUGGUCUGCACUACCAUUUGAGAACGCAUGCAGGAGAGAAACCGUUUAGCUGCUCAGUUUGUGGCAAAAAAUUUGCACAUAAAACAACUUUGACAACUCACAUGUUGACCCACACAGGAGAGAAACCAUUUAGCUGCUCAGUUUGUGAGAAAAAAUGUAGACAACAAUCAACUUUAACAACCCACAUGUUAACCCACACAGGAGAGAAACCAUUUAGCUGCUCAGUUUGUGGUAAUAAAUUUAGACAAAAAGGAAAUCUAAAAGCCCACAUGUUAAUCCAUGCAGGGGAGAAACCAUUUAGCUGUUCAGUUUGUGGUAAAAGAAUUGGCUGUAAAAAUAAUCUAAAGCGACACAUGCUAACCCACACAGGAGAGAAACCGUUUAAUUGCUCAGUGUGUGGCAUAAAAUUUUCACAUAAAUCAACUCUAACAAACCACAUGUUUACCCACACUGGGGAGAAACCAUUCAGUUGCUCAGUUUGUGGUAAAAAAUUUAGACAAAAAUCAAGUCUUACAUAUCACACAUUAACCCACACGGGAGAGAAACCAUUUAGCUGCUCAGUUUGUGGUGAGAAAUAUGCAGAUAAAUCAAAUCUAACUAGACACAUCUUAACACACACAGGCGAGAAACCGUUUAGUUGCUCAGUUUGUGGUAAAACGUUUACACAAAAGUCAAGUCUAGUAAAACACAUGUUAACCCACAGGGGAGAGACAACUUAGCUGUUCUGACUGAGGUAAAAUAACCAGAAGCAACAAGAACUGGACAAGAUGCAUAGCAGUUCACACAGGAGAAACCAUAUAGCUGCUCAGUUUGUCGCAGAAGAAGAGCAGAUAAAUUGUUCAAUUAUAUUCUGAAUUACUUUUGUCCGUAGGGUGUCAGGAAACACUGAAUAUCCCUGUUGCACCUUCCCAGUGCUGAAAUCCUAAAACAAUUUGUUUUGGUCGGCCAACAGAUAUUCAGUUUGGAGAAAAAAAUAAAAUAGUAAAUCCUCACAUUUGAGAAGCUGAAACCUGUAAAUAUUUGGCAUUUUUUCUUGAAAGAUUAUUGAAUUAUUAUCAAGAUGGCUGCAGAUUCAUUUUCUGUCGAUUGACUAAUUAAUUAUCAAGUAAUUGUUGCAGCUCCUCUGUUCAGCUGCUGUUUGAACUUGAAGCAACUAGAAAACUUACUUUUAGCAGAUUAAAGUGAUUUUUUUUUCUAAAUCACAUUUAAGAAAUUAAAAAGCAUUUUUUUUUGUUGAUUUAUGUUUUGGCCUUUGCAGUAAUUAAGACAGAAUUAUCCUUUAUCUCAGACUUUCACUCGAAAAACGUUUAAUGAAUAAAAUGAUUGCGACUUUAUGUUGUACUGUAUGUAAAUGAGGCUGAACUGUGUCACUGACAAACACUUUAUUUAUUUCCUAAUUUAUUUUUCUCUUAGAAAUCAUCUUUAAAGAGUUCUGAUGUAACUGGAGACCGAGGUGCCUGUGAAAUGUCAUCAGUUCUUUUUUAUGGAGGAAUUUUUUUAUGCUUUAGUCAA